AUGAAGCUUAAUUUUGCGCAAGUAGCUGCGAUACUCGCGUUCUGUCAAGUCGCUGUCGCUGGCUCUAUCGUCCAGCGCAAUAAUGACAAUGACGUAUACAUUGGCCAAGUUGUCAAUGUCCACGCUAUAUAUUGCCCACAACCAACCACCAUCACCCAAGCGAACGGCAACGUCGCUACUGUCACAGAACCAACCACCAUCACCCAAGCGAACGGCAACGUCGCUACUGUCACAGAACCAGGAUGGUUCACCGUCACCGCUUGCCCAACUGGUUGCACCAGCAACAACAUCAAUAGCCCACCUGUCGCAGACCCGGUCGCCCCCAUGAUCACGGGCUCCGUUGAGGCAAUCUCCACCCCGGUCGCGUCAUCAAGUGAUAGGAUCACACCUGUCACUUCUUCGAGCGUCACGCCGGAGCCAGAGACUACCCCUGUUGCUCCUUCGAGCAUCGAGACCUUGCACGUCGCCUCCCCGAUCGUCGAGUCGGAGACCACACCUGUCGCUUCGGCAAGUGUCAAGAUCACCCUUGUUGCUGUUGCUGUUUCGAGCGUCAAGCUUGAGACUACACCUGUCGCUUCGGCAGGUGUCAAGACCACCCCUGUUGCUGUCGCUGUUUCGAGCAUCGACUCCACACUUGUCACUUCCUCAAAUGACAGGACAAUCACUACCACCGCCACGCCUAACAUCACCGCUCCUGUUGUGUUGUUCCCAACCACCACCGUGGUCGCUAAGACCUCCUCCAAGGCCCCAUUGGCCAAUGGAACCCUCAUCGCCGCUGGAAACUCAUCCAGCUCCAGCUCCAGCUCCAGCUCCAACUCCGGCACCACCACCGGUGCUAAGACCUUUCAGGGUGCAGCUUCCAUCAACGAGAUCAGCGUGGCAGCUCUCGUUGUCGUCCUUGCAUUUGUCAUGGCUUUGUGA